AAAAAUUACACGAAAGAAGAUGGCAAAGAAAACGGAAAGUAGAGAGAGAGGGGAAAUAAAAGAGAGAUAGUGCGAGAAAGAGAGCUGGAUUCACAUGGCCUUGUUCUUUCUCUCUCUCUCUCCACAAUGACCAUUACCAACAAAACUGAUUGAAACCCAUCUGUUCCCUCUCUCAACAUCACUCUUCUCUGCCUCUAACGCCAUGGCUGAUAAGGAGAUGCCGGCUGCUGUAGUUGAAGAACAUAAUCAAGUCACUGGUCACAUAAUCUCCACCACAAUAGGUGGUAAUAAUGGAGAACCAAAACAGACAAUUAGUUACAUGGCGGAGAGAGUUGUAGGUACAGGCUCCUUCGGAAUAGUUUUCCAAGCAAAGUGUUUGGAGACUGGAGAAACCGUUGCGAUAAAGAAGGUUUUGCAGGACAGGAGAUACAAGAACCGAGAGCUUCAGCUGAUGCGUGUGAUGGACCAUCCGAAUGUGGUUUGUUUGAAGCAUUGCUUCUUUUCCACCACAAGUAAAGACGAGCUUUUCCUUAAUCUGGUUAUGGAGUAUGUCCCUGAGAGCUUGUACCGAGUUCUCAAACAUUACAGCACUGCAAACCAAAGAAUGCCUCUUGUCUACGUUAAACUCUACAUGUACCAGAUCUUCAGGGGACUUGCUUACAUUCACAAUGUUGCUGGAGUUUGCCAUAGAGAUCUGAAGCCUCAAAAUCUUCUGGUUGAUCCUCUUACUCAUCAAGUCAAGAUCUGUGACUUUGGGAGUGCGAAACAGCUUGUUAAAGGUGAAGCCAACAUUUCUUACAUAUGUUCAAGAUUUUACCGAGCACCUGAACUCAUAUUUGGUGCCACUGAGUACACAACUUCCAUUGAUAUCUGGUCUGCUGGUUGUGUUCUUGCUGAGCUUCUCCUUGGUCAGCCGUUAUUCCCUGGAGAGAAUGCUGUGGAUCAGCUAGUUGAAAUCAUCAAAGUUCUUGGUACACCAACUCGAGAAGAGAUCCGUUGUAUGAACCCACAUUACACUGACUUUAGGUUCCCUCAGAUAAAAGCACAUCCUUGGCACAAGAUUUUCCAUAAACGGAUGCCUCCGGAGGCUAUUGAUUUUGCAUCAAGGCUGCUUCAGUACUCUCCAAGCCUUAGAUGCACAGCGCUGGAAGCUUGUGCACAUCCCUUCUUUGAUGAACUGAGAGAACCAAGUGCUCGUUUACCUAACGGAAGGCCUUUCCCACCUCUCUUCAACUUCAAACAAGAGGUAGCUGGAGCAUCACCAGAGCUGGUCAACAAGUUGAUUCCAGACCAUAACAAGAGACAGUUGGGUCUAAGUUUCUUGAAUCAGUCUGGAACUUAAAAGGGACCAAAAGAUAUAUAUAAAUGUACCAUUACUCAUAGCCAGAAGGUAGUUGAAGGCACAACGUGGAGGAUACAAUUCAAAGAUUGAUGGUGAAAGAAAGCUUCUACAACCUGACUUCCCCCAAAUCUGCAAGAAAAGCCAUUCAAUUGUAUCUUUUUUUGUCCUUUCUAAGUUUGGUAAGAAAAUGGAAUCUCCUAUUUUGCUUCAUUCUUUCUGCAUCUGUAAAUGAGUUUAGUCAAGAGUUUUCUUAUAUAGUAAAGUUUGAGCAAAAGGUGAAAGAACCUUAAUCAAAGAAAGAGAGCUGAAGUUUACCAGAAGAGGAAGCUUUCUCUGUUUUUGUUUUGUUUUGUUUCUUCCACCUCUUGAAUGUUUGUCUUCUUUUAUAUUGUUGCUAUUAUGGUAAUAUUACCAAAUUUUGUGAAAUGGUUUGUUUUAUGAAUCUCUUUCUUACAAAGGCUAAUAAUAAUC